CCGCUGCCGCGCCGCCGCGCCGCCGCGGUUUUCUGCUUGUGGCUGGUGGUGCUCGAGCCCAGUGGCACUGGAAAACCGGCGCUUCCUUACGCUGCUGCCGCCGCCGCCAUCUCCGCGUUUGCGGGGCGGGAAGGAAGGGGUGUUUCACGGCUGCAGCUGGAGCGGGCUUCUCUCCGGGGACGGUCCUCUCCUGCUUGCUCUCCUUUUCCUCCUCCCCGCGCCGCCGCCGCCCGUCCCCUGCGCCCUCCCUGUGCGGCCCGGGUCCGGGAGCGGGGAGGUAGGGGCGCGGGGCGGAAGAGGCGAGUGAGUGGACGCGCACCCUAAGGAAACUCCUGUCCGAUCCGUAAGCCCCGGCGCCGAGGGUGCACCCCGGCCCGGCCCCGGCAGCAGCGGCAGCGGCGGCAGUAGGAAGGGGCUCGGUCGGGGGAGGCGGGGGCGGUCCGCGGGGGCGGGUCCGGUCGUCCCGGAGCUAAGUUGUGUGGCCCGGCUCCUCAGAUCUAGUUCCUUUUCUCUGGUCUCCGCGGACCUGGCUGUGCGCUGUCGGCCCCGGAGCCGCCGAACCCGCGCCUUUUCUGGGUGAGGAGGACACGCCUGCCCUCGUCGAGAAAACUUUUCCUGCCUACUCUGUUGGGGCGGUGGUGGCAGGAAGUCCGGGCAACGACCUCUCUCCGCCUGCUAGGCGCGCCCUGCCGGGUGUCGGCGCUGAGCUAGAGAUUAAGUUUGUGGGGGCCCCUUCCCCACUGCAGGCGAGUUCCUCCUGAAGGGGGACGCCUGCCCGGGGAGGGCAGUAGGUCAGGGCGAAGGCCCAGAGCGCGUGGUGGCGCCGGAGACUAGGAGAGGAGGGCUGUCCGGACCCACACUAGCACCCAAGAGCGCGCAACCCGGGAGCAGGGAGCCUCCGGCGGCCGUUUUCUAGAGUCCAUAGUCCUCCACCUUCUCCGAGUGAGGACGGUGUCCGGGUCCCGAGUCUAUCGAGGAAAAUGAAGUUAAGCCGCCAGUUCACCGUGUUCGGCAGCGCGAUCUUCUGUGUGGUCAUCUUCUCGCUCUACCUGAUGCUGGACCGGGGUCACUUAGACUACCCUAGGAGCCCGCGCCGAGAGGGCUCCUAUCCGCAGGCCCAGCUCUCGGUGUUACAAGAAAAAAUAGACCAUUUGGAACGUUUGCUAGCUGAGAAUAAUGAGAUCAUCUCAAAUAUUAGAGACUCGGUCAUCAAUUUGAGUGAGUCUGUGGAGGAUGGUCCGAAAAGUUCUCAAGGCAAUUUCAGCCAAGGUGCUGGCUCACAUCUUCUGUCACAGUCAUACCUUCAGGUUGACCCUAAAGACUGUCUGUCUGUAUCACAAAGUGGAAGUCUGCAUCCAGAUGUGCAGAUGUUGGAUGUUUACAAUCUAAUUCCUUUUGAUAAUCCAGAUGGUGGAGUUUGGAAGCAAGGGUUUGACAUCAAGUAUGACCCUCUUGAUUGGGAUGAUGAGCCCCUUCAAGUCUUUGUGGUGCCUCACUCCCAUAAUGACCCAGGUUGGUUGAAGACUUUCAAUGACUACUUUAGAGACAGCACUCAGUAUAUUUUUAAUAACAUGGUCAUAAAGCUGAAAGAAGACUCAAGGCGGAAAUUUAUCUGGUCUGAAAUCUCUUACCUUUCAAGAUGGUGGGAUAUUAUAGAUACUCAGAAGAAGGAAGCUGUUAAAAGGUUUCUACAAAAAGGUCAGUUUGAAGUCGUGACUGGUGGAUGGGUUAUGCCUGAUGAGGCUACUUCACAUUAUUUUGCCUUAAUUGACCAGCUAAUUGAAGGACAUCAAUGGCUGGAAAAAAAUCUAGGAGUGAAACCUCGUUCUGGUUGGUCCAUUGAUCCUUUUGGACACUCCCCAACAAUGGCUUAUCUUCUAAAACGUGCUGGAUUUUCACACAUGCUUAUCCAGAGAGUUCAUUAUGCAGUUAAAAAACACUUUGCAUGGUAUAAAACAUUGGAGUUUUUUUGGAGACAGAAUUGGGAUCUGGGAUCUGCCACAGAUAUUUUUUGCCACAUGAUGCCUUUCUACAGCUAUGACAUCCCUCACACUUGUGGACCUGAUCCUAAAAUAUGCUGCCAGUUUGAUUUUAGACGGCUUCCUGCAGGCAGAUUUGAGUGUCCCUGGGGACUCGCCCCAGAAGCAAUUUCUUCUGAAAAUGUCCAGAGAAGGGCUCAUUUGAUCCUAGAUCAGUACCGAAAGAAGUCAAAACUUUUCCGUACUAAAGUUCUCUUGGUCCCACUUGGAGAUGAUUUUCGCUACACUGACUAUGGAGAAUGGAACUUACAGUUCAGGAAUUAUGAGCAUCUUUUUCAAUAUAUGAAUUCUCAACCUGACCUGAGAGUAAAGAUACAAUUUGGAACUUUAUCAGAUUAUUUUAAUGCUGUGGAUAAAGCAGAUGCAGCUAUGAGAAACAAAGGACAAUCAAUGUUCCCUGUUCUAAGUGGAGAUUUUUUCACUUAUGCUGACCGGGAUGAUCAUUAUUGGAGUGGCUAUUUCACAUCUAGACCCUUUUACAAGCGAAUGGAUAGAAUCGUGGAAUCCCAUUUAAGGGCUGCUGAAAUUCUUUACUAUUUCGCCCUGAGACAAGCUCAGAAAAACAUGAUAAAUACAUUUCUUUCAUCAAAACAUUACUUGGCACUGACAGAAGCCAGAAGGAAUUUGGGACUAUUUCAACAUCAUGAUGCUAUCACAGGAACUGCUAAAGAUUGGGUAGUUGUGGAUUAUGGUACCAGACUAUUUAAUUCAUUAAGUGUUUUGGAGAAGGUUAUUGGAGAUUCUGCAUUUCUUCUUAUUUUGAAGAACAAAAGCAUGUAUGAGACCUACUCCUCUGAUCCCUUCCUAGAGAUGAAUUCGAUACAAAAAUCACAAGAUUCUCUGCCAGAAAGCCAUGUAAUCAAGCUGAGUGCAGAGGAGCCAAGGUACCUUGUGAUCUAUAAUCCUUUAGAACAGCACCGAAACUCAGUAGUUUCAAUCUAUGUGAGUUCCCCCACUGUGCAAGUGCUCACUGAUACAGGAAAACCUCUGGAUAUUCAAGUCAAUGCUGUAUGGAAUAAACAAACUACUAUUUCAGAAGAGGCCUAUGAGAUUUCUUUUGUAGCACAUACAUCACCCUUGGGACUGAAAGUGUAUACACUUUUAGAAGCAGAAAAUUUAAAUUCAUAUUUGGCUGAUUAUGUUCUCUAUAAUGGUGAAGCAACAAGUGAUAUUUUCAACAUAAUGAUGAGUGCCCAGGAACCUAUAAUUCUGGAGAACCCCCACAUGAUACUUUCAUUUGAUAAAACUGGGCUUAUGGAGACAAUGAUGACAAAAGAAGAUAAGCAACUCCAUAAUAUAAAAGUGCAAUUUACAUGGUAUGGAACCACAAAUAAAAAAGACAAAAGUGGUGCCUACCUAUUCCUGCCUGAUGGUUUUGCCCAGCCUUAUGUUUCUAAAAAAGUGCCCAUUGUCAGAGUAUUACGUGGAAGAAUUUAUUCAGAAGUGAUUAGCUAUUUUGAACAUGUCACUCAUAGAGUACGACUCUACAACCUACAGGGAAUUGAAGGGCAUUCUGUGGAAAUUUCUAAUACCGUGAACAUCCAAGAUGUAUUUAACCGUGAGAUUGCAAUGAGAAUUUCUUCUAAUAUAAACAGUCAAAAUAGGUUUUAUACUGACCUAAAUGGCUAUCAGAUUCAACCUAGAAGGACUUUGAGCAAAUUGCCUCUUCAAGCAAAUGUCUACCCAAUGACUACAAUGGCAUAUAUCCAGGAUGCCAAGCAUCGGUUGACACUGCUCUCUGCUCAGUCUUCAGGUGUUUCCAGUUUGAAAAGUGGUGAUAUUGAGGUCAUCAUGGAUCGAAGACUCAUGCAAGAUGAUAAUCGUGGCCUUGGGCAAGGUGUCACCGAUAACAAGAUUACAGCUAAUGUUUUUCGACUACUACUAGAAAAAAGAAGUGAUGCAGAUAUGGAAGAAGAAAGGAAGAGUCCAGUCAGUUAUCCUUCCCUCCUCAGCCACAUAACUUCUUCUUCUCUGAACCAUCCAGUCUUUCUAAUGACAAUAAAAGUAAAGCUCUCCUCUCCCGCCACUGAACUGCUGAGUGAAUUCCUUCCUUUACUGUCGUCUUUGCCUUGUGACAUUCAUCUGGUUAAUCUUCGGACAAUACAGGCAAAGGUGGGCAGUGGGCAUUCCAAUGAGGCAGCCUUGAUCCUCCACAGGAAGGGGUUUGGUUGCCAGUUCUCUACCAGAGGAAUGGGGCUGCUUUGUUCCACAACUCAGGGGAAGAUUUUGGUACAUAAACUUUUUAACAAGUUUACUGUUGAAAAACUCAUUCCUUCAUCAUUAUCCUUGAUGCAUACACCUCCAGUCGCCAAAAAUAUAAGUGUGAUCCACUUGAGUCCCAUGGAAAUCAGUACAUUCCGAAUCCGGUUGGGGUGAGCGAACGUCUGACUUUCACAUUUGGAGUGGAAAGCCUUGGCUUUUAUAACUUUCUUGGUUUGACGUGCAAUAAGGAAGCACAUUAUUUUAGUUUCUGGCUACUGUGAGAACAUGAAUUCUGUGAUUUUUUUUUUUUUUUUUUUUUCUUUUUUAAAUCAGUUCUAUAAAGGGGGGAAAAAGCCAUGCUGUCAA